GAACCAGCCAGGCUGCAGGGGGACAACAGGAGGUUCCCCUGCAGAGACUAAACCGGAGAAAUGAAACUUAGAGAGGCUGCUGACUCUGAAGCAGGAAGUGAAAACGUCGACAGAUCGGCUGAGUGUGAAGAUGAAGCUGCUUUUCUUCUUGAUGGUGACACUGAUGACCUUCACCGAAAGGUCACUGCAUGCUUGGCCAGACCCCACCACAGGUGGUUCUGGAGUCAGUCUGAGCGGGAAGAUGUUCACUUUGUCCAGUUACGGAAGAUUGGUCUUCUAUUCACCUUACGAACAUCCCCCCUGGGUGGCUUCUACGCCAUACCAAACCAGAGGUUAUGCCUACUCCACCUCCACACCCAGUUACACCCAAACCAACACAGGCACACAUGCCCCCGCCACUAAAUCUAUCACCCGCACCACCACUCCGUACCCAUGGCCCACCACUAAGUACCCAUGGUCCACCACUAAGUACCCAUGGUCCACCACUAAGUACCCAUGGUCCACCACUAAGUACCCACGGUACACCACUAAGUACCCAUGGACCCCCACUCCGUACCCAUGGUCCACAGCUCCUUCCACUAGAGGUGUGUCAGUGUGUUUGCGGUACAUCACAGACUCUCGGAGUGGCUCCAUCUUCACCCUCAGCCCAUCCAGCCAGUAUCUGAGGCUGGAGAUUGGUACAGCCCAAUCAUACAUGCUGACCUUCAACAAUUACAACAGAGUUUACCUGCAACCUUACUUAAAACUGUGGCCUUAUCUGACACCCAACAUGUGGACCAGCAUCUGCUUCACUGUGGACAACACGAAGGCUGUAGUUCAGAUGUUCAGAGACUCAAACAUGAGCAGCAGGAAGCUGCUGAAUAACCAGUACGUGUGGUCAGGUGAGCGUGUGAUGGAUUUUUCAAACUUUGAAGGUCAGAUCACUGAUGUCCAGGUGUGGGAUUAUCCUCUCCGUUAUCAAGAAGUCCUCUACUACAUGAGCAACGGUGGCUACGGGUUCUACCAGGGUUCUGUACUCAGCUGGUCCUACAUCAGCUACUCUCAGACAGGCAGGACGCUGCUGGAGGACGGUUAUGAGCUGCAGAUGAGAAAAUCAAACCGCAAGUUGGGACAAAGAAAUCACCUGAAGGGAGGAUACAAGCACAGGAAGGUUUUCCUCUUUGAGGAGCGCAAAAGAGAGCAAUGGAAGAAAGAAAUGUAAUGUUCAGUGAAAUCAUGUUAUACCUUUUUGACCUUUCUAUCUGAACAUUUAAUUACCAUGAAGAUUAAUCAAUUAACAUUUGCACUGAUCAAAAAUAUUCUCAAAAUCACAUUAUGGGUUUAAUAGUUUAUUUUCCUUCACUUGUAAUUCAUUUUAACUUUAAACUACAAUAAAGUGAUUUCUAAUGAAA